CCUCAAAACGAUGGUGAACAGAAUAGAAGCUCCUUAUUGGAGAAGGUUGAAUUGGCCACGUAUCAUACUUUAUGGCUUAAGUACAGUGUUGGUGAUUCAGUUGAUCAAGACUUUCUCCGUCAGACCAUCCGUUAAGGACGAUACUCACCUUCAACUAGACACAACAAGGCUUGUUCGCGACUUUCCUUGGUACCAAAGACAAGGUCAUCCCAACCUGUCUCCUUUACAACAGCAUCCUAAAUACAUUACAACACAUCUAUCAACACAAGAACGACAGACACUACAGGAAAACAUGAUAAAAAAAGCCAGGGAGGCAGUGGCUCAUGAAUUCCAGCACAUCAAAGGCAUUCCGGGAUCAUCCGUUUAUGCAGGCAAACCUGAAGCAGCCCGCCAAUUUCGCUCUUUGGUGGAUUGUUGGACAACAGGUGAAUGGGUCUCUGUCACAAGCCAGUCAGCGCAUUGGACCAUGCCUCAUUUCCAAGACCCUCUGUAUGGUUCUUGUGAUCGAAAGUUUAAAAAGACAGGCGGUGUGGGUCGUCGACCAGCCACAAACUAUGUAUGGAAAUCCAAAUGCGAUGCGUCUAUAGACCUCGAUCCUGGUAAAUGGUGUAGUGUCUUGAACGGUCGUCAUUUGAUGCUGGUGGGUGAUUUAAUACAGUAUCAAUUACACGAAUUAUUCUUGGACACUUUACGUGAUGGACCUGCUACUUGUUUUGGAGAACUGAAUUGCAAAGAUCAUACAGUGUGUACUAGUCCUUACCGUAAUACCCGACUUCGUUAUCUCCGGAAUGAUGUCCUUUCUACACGUCGAAAAAUGAACGCCAAUCAUGGUCACCCAACAGCAGAAGUGAUUGAAUGGCCAUUUACUUCUGCCACUCUGAUAAGACAUUACCCUGUGUUGAUACUGAAUCGCGCACCUGUGAUUGAAUCCGACGAGAGUUUUAUCAAAGGUCUGAUUGACACAUUGCGUCUGAUACGCAGUAGUACAGGUGCUAAUUCCCUGAUUAUUUAUCGAUCGACCGGUAUUGGUCACCCCUUUUGUGACGAUGCUACAGGGCCACUCCAGGCACCAUUGACAGACGAUCAACAAAAGAAACUGCCUUUUGGCUGGAGUGAAGUGGCACGUCGUAAUGCUAUAGCUCGUGUAAUUGUUGAAGCUGCAGGUGGUGUGUUUGUUGAUCUGGCUGCCCUGACAGACCUUAGACCAGAUGGACAUGUUGGAGGACAAGACUGUGUACGUUACUGUAUUCCUGGUCCCUUGGAUAGUUGGGCUCAAAUUCUGUACCAAGUCUUUUUGGGCCUCGAAGGUCAACUCGAAUAAAUGAACUUUUUUUUAUUUUAUUUAAGCAUAUAUAAAAAAAAUUAUGAUAUUAUUAAAG